UGAUCGGAGCUAUUGGAUAGCGAUGGCGGAGCUGAUUCCUAACGGCACGACCAUUUCCAAGAAAUGCUUCAAGAAAGCUGUAACCAAAACCCAGAAAAAGGAAGGAAAGCGCAGGCGAUGCCGCAGGGAGAGCUAUUCCGUCUAUGUCUACAAGGUGCUGAAGCAGGUGCACCCCGACACCGGCAUCUCGUCCAAGGCCAUGAGCACGAUGAACUCCUUCGUCGGUGACAUCUUCGAGCGCAUCGCGGGCGAGGCGUCGCGUCUGGCACACUACAACAAGCACUCGACCAUCACGUCCCGGGAGAUCCAGACGGCCGUGCGCCUGCUGCUGCCCGGGGAGCUGGCCAAGCACGCCGUGUCCGAGGGCACCAAGGCCGUCACCAAGUACACCAGCGCCAAGUAGAACUCCUGUCUCUAGGCAAGGUUUAUAACCCAAAGGCUCUUUUAAGAGCCACCCACAAUUCUGAAGGGACUGUAUAAGCUCUUAGUUAAUGUGAGUCGGUCUUCCAUCUAGAGAAACUUCUGGUUUUACCAGCAAAUUGAUUUCACUGCUUGCCAAGUUUACUUUGCUCACCGUAGAAUAUGCUUGAAGAAAACGCUUGAGAAAUAGCUUUGCACUAGAGUGCUUGCAUGGACUGUCUUUUAGUUUUAAAUACGUUUUUGUUAUACAUAUUUAUAAUGCAUGUUCUGUAUUAAAAUACAUAAUCUAUAUAAUCCUACAUCUGCACUUUCAGUGAGGCUUGAGAUCUAGGUGAAGCAAUUUGGAAAGGGGAGUCAUUUGAACAGAAGUUGCAAUAAUCCUGUGUCCUUGGAGGAGAGGUCCUUCCAUGGGCUGUGAGGGCCAU